AUGAUGAUCGACGGACCUGAGGAGAAGGCCGGCGCUCCGGUCUCGGCCGACGCGGAGUGCAGUCCGGCAGGCGUCGUUCCUGUGCACGUGAUGCCGAUGGAGAAGUUAAAAGCCACGAAGGAAACGACCGGCGAGUCGUACCCGCGUCACCAAAUAGGUUGCCUCGUGGGGGGCGACAUCCCAUGCACGCCGGGUCACGUGGCCCUGGGAGACCAGCGGAUGGCCGUGCAGUGGGUGCUCGACCACAUCGCCAGCUUCGGGGGCAACGCCAGCGACGUGGUGCUCAUGGGCAGCGGGUCCGGAGCCUGGUCUGUGGGCGCGCAUCUGCUCGAGGAGGAAACGCCUGGGCCGCGCUUCUGGAGCCACGAGCGCUUCGCCAAAGUGAUCCUCAUGAGCGAGUCGCCGUUUAGGAGGUACUUUGACGACAAGUCUCACGAGCUGCCGGCCCUACUCAACUGCUCCCGCGGUGGCACAGUCGAGGUGCUGCACUGCAUGAGGGUUGUACCGUCGCGGGAGAUCGUUCGCGUCACCAGCGAAAUGGUUCGCUUCUUCGGACCUUCGGCAAGCGCCCUGCCCGGCGUCAAAGAUGCGUUGAGGGUCGCGGGGCGGCGAUUCCUGCUGGGCACAGUCAGCAGCGAAGGCACCCACCUCUUCGACUACCUCAAGCGGACUUCGUCGCCCGACGGAGAAGUGGACUCUGUUGUGUCCACAUUUCUAAACGUCAUCUACCACAUCAAGAACGCCAGGGAGGUCGUUGAUGCUUUCCGAAGGGCUACUACGCCGUCGGAUAACGUUACGGCGACUGGCAACUCUUGGGCAUUAGAUCUGCUGGGAGACUUGCUGUACACGUGUCCGCUGUUGAAGCUCGGACAUGAGCUCUCGACCAGGCAGCGGAACCAGGUGUUCGGCUACGUGUUCGACCACAAGGCCAGCUUCGCGCUUUUCAACGACACCACGGGGGCGGCGCGUUUCUUGGAUCUGGACUUUGUCUUCGGCCGUCCCUUGGAAGGGUCGCGAGCGGCCACCGCCCAGGAGCGGGACCUUAGCCGAAGAAUGAUCGACAUAUGGUCCACGUUCGCCAAGACGGGGAAUUUACCGUUCGUGCAUGGACAGCCGUGGACAAGCUACACGGAAGACGGAAAAGAUAUAGAAGUGCGCAUCGGGCUCGCGACACUGGAAGAAUUGAGGGACUACCGGAAGAAGAGCUGCGCCAUCCUGCCGUCCUUUGUUGCGGAUCACAUGGCGCUGUCAGGAGGCGCAGCUGUUACAUUGACCAAUGGCCACGACAGCACGUCGAGGGAAGGUGGCAGUGUGUGACCGAUCCUGCACACCACAGAACUGACACCUCCAUCUCGACAAGGAUUUAGUGGCUGUUGAUUCUUUUGCAAACACAGGGACACUUGUCCUCAAUCUUUCGCAUUUCAAGUUGUUGGGCGUGCAAGAAUACACGUUGUCAUAGAGUUUUUUUUCAUUAGUUCAGUACUGUCUAUAUUUCCCCCUUUCUUUCUUUCUUUCUUUUUAUAGUCACAAUUUCACGAG